AUGUCUUGCUUCCCGUAUCCACGAGAUACGGAUGUGGAAUCAAUUCGGGUACCCCUGAUAGCGCGAACCCAAUACUCAAUAACGGGACAAACUAAUUUCUCAGACUUCUUCAAGAGGACGCUUGAUGCAGAAACGCAAAAGAUGGAUGCUGCUGAAUCUGAUGGGCAGGAGAGCACUAGCUUGCCUCUAAGCCAUUCGCUGGCUUCAACCAUUCAAUCAUGGCUGUUCUUCGGUCUAGCAUCUGAAGCGCUAGGUCGAAACAUCAGACAUGAGGAAUUCGCAGGCGCUGACCCUGAUGGACCCCAUCCUUCCAUUGAUCUUCGCAUUCCGGAAUGGUACUGGCGGGAGCUUAAAGCUCGAUGGGAUGAACUAGAUGACAGCCUCACUGCUGCGGAAUUCGAUGCCAAGAGGACUCAGCUAAAAAAGAUCUACGAGAGCGCACAGAUACUCGUCAUCUACAUGGAUCUUCUGGCGAACGUUCUGGACGACGAUAAGCUUACAGAAAUUCUCCUCUCAAUACACAUGCUGUUAUAUCUUGUGGCGUCUGUGCUCGAUUCUAAUACGCUCAAGGUCACCCAGACGACCACAAGCUCAGCAUCAACAAAGUUACUCAAGCGCAGAAUGGUCAAGAAUGGGUGGUGCGAAAAGAGGCUGAACUUCUUGGAUGCAUCUCCGAUGUUUUACCCAGCAUUUUACUUCCUAUCGUCACUCAAGCCACCUCGCAUCAAUGCGGAAGAUCACUCGAGCUGCAGUAGCGACAGAUGUCUUGUUACUAGCAAGUUAUCUAAGCCUCUUCACCGCACUGACGAAUGUCUUUGUGAAGAUGUCGUCGUCCCGGUCGACAAGGUGAAUACCAUCGUGGCUUCCGGAGGGAUUCCUUUGGCCAGGAUUACACGGUCACCGCUUGGCAAGACAGAGCUCGAAGUGGUUCCCUAUACGCCAUCCUCCAGAUUUAUCGCAAUAUCUCACGUCUGGGGUGAUCAACAAUUCGGAUCUUCUCAGAACUGCUUACCCAAAUGUCAAGUCGGAUACCUUGAAGAAGUGCUUUCGAGUUUGCCCACCUCCAUGGAUCACUGGGGAUUGCGCGAAUGGGUCGCAAAUUGGCGGUCUUCUCGGCCAGGCGAGAUCGCACCGCCGAGUCGCGCAUACGAAUACUUCUGGUUGGACAGCUUCUGUAUACCUCAAGCUGUCGAACACGCCGGCCUUCGAAGCAAAGCCAUCGAGUCAAUGAACCUCAUUUACGCUGCGGCAUCCCACACCUUCGUCUUUGAUAAGGGGCUACAAACCUUGGACGCUGGUCGACGCCCGGCUUCCCUUGCGCAUGGUGGACGUCCGACCUACUACAGCCCUCAAGACGAAAACUUGCUGGAUGUUGUGGCAUAUAUAUAUGCUUCAAAUUGGAUGGGCAGAGCGUGGACUUUGCAGGAGGGCAUCCUGUCAAGACAUAUUGUUUUUCCACUCCACGGAUCGUUAGCAUACCUCAAGCUGUUAUGGCCGCAUUUCGAUGAUGGCUUUGGUGACUUCUGGGAAUACCUCGUGACUACGAUCCCGAAGGACCUCAGGCGAUCAGCUCGCGAGUUGCUCCCGCGUAGGAGCAAACCUAAGACCGGGGUCAGUAAGCGUCUGCAAGACGAAUCUGAGCCAUUCCGUGAGUCGGUGCGGCAUCAACUCUUAACACAUGUGAAGAAUUCUUUGCAUGUCGAAGAGUACAACGAUUACGCGCGAACGCCGGCUGACAGAGCAGCAAGAUUUGUCAAAGCUCACUCUCUUCUCCAAUCUAGAACGACAACUCAGGCCGAAGAUAUUCCACUGAUUUUGAUGAAUAUGUCGUGCAUGAAUGCGAAUGCCAUAUCACAAAGUAAAACCAUCGAUGCAAGGAUGAAGCAACUCUUCUAUGGCCUCGAGUCACUUCCGACCGAGCUUCUCUUUUCUGAUUGCGCCAGACUGGGCCCGGGCACUGUGGAUGCUUGGAUACCACGUGAGAUAGUUCCCGAGAGUUUUGAGGGCAAGCACACUCUCAAGCUUGGCUCAGCAGGUUUCACCUUCGAGACCAGAAAAGGCGCUCAAGCUCUCAAGUUCUUUUUGCUAUCAUCAACGCAUCGAUCGGAUCGCUUCCGGCUCCUCCUACCGGAUCAGAAGGACGAAAAAAGCCUCAAAUACAAUGUUGAAGCACUGCAGAGAUCGAAUGACGAGCAACCUGCUGCACCCACAAGUGUAUUGUGCAUUGUAGUCGACAAUGAACCGCCCGAACGAGGAGCACGAUUUAUCGUCAAUCGAGUUGUGGGCAACAAGUACUUCCUCCACUUCGACUGCCCUCUGCGCCUAACCGAGAUCGAUGACUCGAAAAGUCCUAGCGAUGCCCAACAGGACCCAAAGCACGAAUGUGGUGCAGUCAGUCUGAACGGCGACUUCAUCAUUGAGCGCAGUUACGAGCCACAAGACUUGAGCAUUUCGCGUCCCCAAAAUCCAGAACAAUAUUCGGACAGGCUGAUAGUCAUCGGUCAGGCCAUUUGCGGCACAAUCAAUCUGGGAGAGCGCUACUUGAUCAGGGCGAUCUGGGGCGACGAGAACUCCAUGAGCACGCUCUUCUACAUCUUUUACGGCUUGUACAGUUUCAAGAAACAUCAAUGGGUGGAGAGGGCCUUGAAUGCAUUUGUGCACCGAGCAUGGAUGGCAACAUACCAGCCGGAUUGGGACCCUAAUGGGCCAUGGAAGUGGUUUUGGAAGCUGUCGAACUGGGAACCACCGAUCCCUUUCAGAACUUUGAUGAAAUGGUGGUGCUCCUUGGUUUUCUUUCUUAGUUUCGAAACCGAAAGUUGGUCAGGAGUGGGGAUUGUCACGCUGUAUUGGCUGCCUCUGUUUCCGAAGCAGGAACUGAUGAAUAUGUAUGUGACAGCAAUGUUCUCGAAGAUCGUUCUUUCGUUCUUCUUCUAG